AUGGAGUUCCUCUGUGCAACCUGUGACAUGGAGGCCCACAAGAGGAAUAUCUUCCAUGACAGAGAGGCUGUGUUCGAUGGAUUUCUGGAGCCCAUUCCCCCUACAACUGCUGUGGUGGUGGAUGAAAAUGGCCAGCCUCAGUUUUGUGAACAAAUAUGUCAACUGCCUGUUCCUACUCCAAGGUCAAUCUGUGAAUGCUCUGAUGACGUCACAGUUACUCCUUGGAAGCAUAUUUCUGUGGUCACCAUCAACGAAUGGACUCCUGAGGUUAAAGACCUGCUUUUGUAUCGGUACUGGCCAGCUAGCACCAGCUGCCAGACGCUUUACAAAUAUGAUGUGUUCACCUCAUUCGAGCACAUGAAGGUGACAGCACCAGCCAUGUCCAGGCAGGCAUUUCUGAAAAUGUUGGAGCACAGAUCUGUUCAAGCUGGACGGACAGGUAUUAUCUGUGCUGAUACAUUUCAGCGAAGCUUCUUCGAGUUUUGCUUCUGUCAGUACAAACAAGAGGAUAUGUGCCAGGUCCAUCACUUUGUUUGUCCAGCAUGUUCUCCAGACAUGUUGGCUGUCUGCUGUGAUGGAAACCGCAAGCAUUACCGCUUUUCCAAGUCAAAAGGGACUGAGGAGCCGCCAAUCUAUGAGGGCUUGUUCCUGGCCAAGGAUGAGGAAGUCGCAACAUUUGUUGACCUUGUCAGAGGCAACAUGAAAAGUGGAAAUGACAGUGCCGUCUGUGGUACUGCCAAAUUCACCGCUGGCAGAGAGAUGUCAAAAAAGUCUGGUGCCCAGAUAGACGAGGAGGGCAUUCAAGUGGCAGUUUGCAGACAUGGGUUUCUCUUACGAGGACUGAACCACUUCCGUGGAGAAAUAUACGCGUACGCAAUGUUUCUCCAAAAAGAGAUGUCCAAGAAGGCAAAUGUUGACUUCUUCUGUAUGGAUGUAACAUGCAGGUACUGGCCAUACCUUAAUAAAAUAGCCGAGGGAUUACCAGAGCUUCUGCCGUUGACAGAAAUGAGGCCAUUUCUUAGCGUGACGCAUGCUAAAGCCCAUACAGCAAAAUGCGAGGUGAGAUGGGCUGGCAGAAGUCAGGACGGGGCAGGAAACACAGUGGGAGAGGAAGUAGAGCAGGUGAACAGCUUUCUCUCCAGGGCAGCUCUGGUCACAAAAUACAUGACAAAAUCAGGAAGAGUGAACAUGCUUACUCAACAGGCCAUGGGAUGGAACAGAAGGAAGAGGGACAACCUUCAUCAAGUUUUAGCACACAGAUAUGUCAAAAUCACAGAGAGGGCAAAGGUGGAAGCUGCCAGCUUCAGCGACUUGAAAAAGGAGCACAACCUUGAUCAGGAGACCAUACAGCAGUGGGUGUAUGUUGUCAGGCAAUGGGCGGUCACAGAGAGAGUUUACGCCCCAGGGUGUACUGAAGGACUAAGGGUGGAUAUUGAGAACAUCACCGUCACUCUUUUGCGCAGGAAGCAAGAUCUGUAUCGUCAGCAUGACAGCAACCAGGCAAGGCAAAGAAAGAGGAAGAGAAUGAGAGAGCUGAAAAAGAAGCUUCGCGAAAAAGUUGUACAAUACAACACCGGAGUGCAGGAAGAACAGAUUGACGAGGAGUUGGCUUGCAGUCUGACAGAGGGCUACAUCCUACCAUGGGAGAGGCAUGCAAAUGAUUUCGGUGACCUGACAGAGGAUGCUGCACAUGGGCUCAAGAGUGUCCUCAGUCAGAGGUGGCACUUCCUCAAAAGCCAACACAAACAGGCUGUACAUGCGUACAGCGGUGUAGCCGCUUUGGAAUGCCAUGAUCUUCAAUUACAGCAGGCCAUUGAGGAGUCGGAUGACAAUGACUACACUAGCCCUGAGUCUGAGGAAGAAGACCUGUAA